ACCUGUGUUAUAAAUUAAUGGUCCCCCGUAGGACUUGUUGAGCUUUGACAGACUGUUUGACAAGAACGAGCUAGAGAGACUGUUAGAGCCUUUUUCAUCUCUUUCGUGAAAAAUGGCUUCAGAUCCAAAGGUUCACGUUUUUGAAGAAGUGGAAAAGCACAACAAGACCAAGGAUUGUUGGCUUAUAAUUUCUGGGAAGGUGUAUGAUGUAACACCAUUCAUGGAAGAUCAUCCUGGAGGUGAUGAAGUCCUAUUAUCCGCAACAGGGAAGGAUGCAACAAAUGAUUUUGAAGAUGUGGGCCACAGUGAUUCUGCCAGAGAAAUGAUGGAGAAAUAUUACAUUGGAGAGGUUGAUGCAUCAACUGUUCCGAAAAAACGGACUUACAUUCCACCCCAACAGGCUGCUUACAAUCCUGAUAAGACCCCCGAGUUCCUGAUUAAGAUUUUACAGUUUCUUGUUCCCCUGUUGAUCUUGGGUUUAGCCUUUGCCGUCCGACACUUCACCAAGAAGGAUUAGCCUACUACCGUUUACAAUGUGUCCUUUCCAAGGGCGAGUAAUUUGUCCUCAUUAGUUGAGAAUUUAAAAAGGACAGUUACUUCUCGUGUUUUAAUUUAAAUUUCUCUUUGUUGUCUGUUAUUGUCAGAAUUGAGCAAUAGUUUGAGGGUCUUUUUGCCAGUGUCAAUUAAGCCUUAGACUUUGUAUUAUUAUAUUUGGAAGAUAAGCAAGGGUAGAGGCUGUUUUCAAUUUUAAGUCUAAAA